ACUUUUGCUCUGCGCAGCGCAACGGUUUUCAUCUCAACGUUGCAUCACUAGUGUCGCUGCGAGAAUCGAACAUCGAAGAAGCGUUUGGUUGCGACUACGUUGUUAUAUUUUAUUGAAUUUUUAAAUAUUUUCUCGCAAAGAUCCGUUAGUUGUGUUAUACAAUUUAGUAAAUACUUUGUUGUUAUAAAAAUGGCAGACAAGAAAGUUACACCGCCCCUGGGAGCCUACCCGCAACCUCAACCCCCGCAGGGACCCUUCCUGCCAGCGCCGCCGCACCAGGCCGCACCUCAGUAUGGUGUGGCAGGCGGUGGUCCGUACAGCGUAGCGUUCGGUGGCGCGGGCGCAGGUGCUGGAGGCGUGUACGCACCGCCUCCCUACGACCAGCUGCAACAUCAUCAGGCCAUACCGGCCCUCAGCCAGCAGCUACCCAUGUAUAGUCCUGCAGCAGCUAUGUAUGCAGCGGCGGCCGGCUAUCCAGGAUACAUCGGGUACCCCGUGCAGUACUAUCCAUACUACCCAGCCGCCAUGCAGCCCUCAAUACAACCCCUGAGGCCCACCAUCAUGAUACCGAACGGGUUCGAAGCGAGCGGCAGGUUCGAGGGUCUGGCGCAGACGCUGCUGCCGCCCGCACCCCCCGGCGUGCCCCCCUCACCCGCACACCUCGCCGCCCUGCAGCCCCACCAAGUGCUGUGGCGUUAAAUUAGUCCAGCAAUGAGCAGCGCCGACGGCAGCAGACAAACACUGAGCCAGACAACUUGCCCUUUAUAUUUAUAACCUUAUCAAAACGUUUAAGGUAUUUUAAAAUUACUUAAAUUCAUGAUCUGAAAGAAAAAACUUUUCGAAAUAUUUUUUUUUGUUAAAAUAAAGUAUUAAAGUCACAAUUUAAGUAUAUUUUAGUGAAUAAGUUUUAUUCCAAUUUGCUUCUCUACAACAGAAAAGCUCUUUGUUUUGGAAUUUAAAACUGUCAAUCUCAAGAUAAUGUAUUCUGGAACUCAAUCGAUGAAAAGAGUUACAUCUUGAAAGAUUACAUAAGAGAUGUAACUGUUUUACGUCGACGCGUCGUAUAUAGUGAAUAUGUCUGUUGUGCGUCGGUUUAUCUUAGCCCGAUAUAAAUUUGACUGUGAUGUCUUGUUACUAGUUUUAAUGUUUGCCACUUUGACAGUUCUUAUAGGAUCUGGUCUAAGCUGUUUUACCGAUCGGCCCAAUGGGAAAAGUUCAUCGGCCCAAUGGUAAAUAAUCAUCGGCCCAACGGGAAACACCCGUCUAUCGCUCUCUAUCUUAGGGUUAUUAUAAACAUAAUUCUAUGUGCCUUUAAAUGUAAUAUCAUAAAUGUUUGAAAUCUUAAAAGCAAUUAUUCGGUU